AUGUCUCUCUUCAAUGACAAGUUACCUCCGGAGCUCUUUCCUGACGAAGCGGUGGAUGAGCUCAAAAAUGACGGUUUUGAAGGCGCGGACGGUUUACUUGAUGAUCCUGAUGAUCUUGUUGCAAUUGCUGUUGGAAACACCCAUGAUGGAGAAUCGUUUCCGGCAAACCCCAAUUUGGUAAGACCGGUACCAUUGUCUUUACUAGUUAGUAUAUCCAAGUCACACUGGUAA